AAAUCCGUGACACUGUACACUGGAUGUUCAGUGAACCAAUGCUUGUUUACUACAUUGGUGUGUUUCGAGAUGCUUUUUGGCCAAAUGGAAAGUUAGCGCCACCACCGAGAGCCAAGAGCGAUGAACAACAGCAGGAGACAAAACAGAGAGCACAGCAAAAACUACUUGAAAACAUUCCAGAUACUCUGCAGAGUCUUGUGGGACAACAAAAUGCCCGUCACGGUGUAGUGAAAGUGUUCAACGCAUUGCAAGAAAGAAAGGCUAACAAGCAUCUACUCUAUGUUUUGCUGGAACUGCUGCUAACUGAACUGUGUCCUGAGCUCAGAGCUCAUUUAGAGCAGCUUAAUGCCGCUUAGGUUUGGAUCUGCACAAUUGGACCACUAGAGAAAUGUCUAUGUCCAAGAAUAGACAUGAAACUUAUUUUCCUCUUUUCCAUAGAGGGCUGAGGACUAUGAUUAUUUUUAGCGUUUUUCUUUCCUCUUGAGUUUUUUGUGAAGUAAACAGACUUGAAAAGAUCUGAUGCUGUAGUAGGGUAGAGAAAACAAUGCUGUAUAGUUGCCAGUUUUUAUUUAAAUUGUUCUAUUUGACUACUCUUCUGUUUCAAAUAUAGAUUGAAAAAUAAAUGUUCAUAUAAGCUGAAAGAAACCAGAAAAUAUUUUAAACAUUUAUUAAAAGAAAUUUUGCUUAUAGUGGUAAACUAAUGAAUGUUGUACAGUUCUAAUCUCCUCACUGAGGACUUGAGCAUUCCUUUUUUCUUGUGUAUUGGAAAAGCCUUGUUGUGCAAUACUACAUGUAAAGCUCUUGUGAAAAUUUUAUCAGUUUUGUUUUUACCAAAGAUUUCCCGUAGUUUGAAGCAUUUGUAAGCAAUAAAUAACACAACUGGAUCGCAG